UCUCCUGAGGUACACGGCACGAGCCGCUCCAUCUUCUCAUCUUCUUCUUUUCUCCUUAACUUCGUUUUUAUUCGAUUUUGUGGUUUCUGAGACCCAAAAAUUAGGGUUCAGUUUUCAAGCAACAAGACUCCGUCGGGUGUAUGUAACUCGAAAGGUGGUUUAGCUAUAUGGAUACUUGCAACUCCAACUCUGAAUACUCUUCAAAACGGAUGCUUUGAACCCUUGGUACUUAGUUCAUGCGUUCUACGUAUGCGCAGCAGCAUAAGGAAGCAAUGGGAGAGAAUCGUCAGAUUAGAUCACGUUCUUGGAAUAGAAUGCCAACGAAGAGAUGCAGUGCAAAUGGUAUAGUGGAGGAGUUUAUUGUGGUUGAUGAUGAUGAGGUUAUCAUUCUUGAUUUUCCUGAGUCAUCGAAAAGCAAGGUUUCUGGCACAUCAAGAACUGGGAAUAAGUCCAUUUUGCAGAGAGUGAUUAGCAUUGACGAUGAUGACGAUGAUGAUGUUGGUGAUGAGACAGAAAAUGUUCAUAAUGCUGGGAUUAGUUCAAGCAGUAACCCUCCUGCCACUAACUUGCAAACAUCUGCGGAAGUGGAUAAUGAUGAUUGCCAAUUCAUUCAAGAAAAGUGUGCUGCUUUUAGAUUUUCAAAAUGCAAACAGACUUUCUCUACAAUGCCUUCUUCUGGAUUUCGAUUUGGUUUAGGUUCUGAUACUGACAGUGACUUUUCCGAUAGCGAUUGUUCUGAUUGUGAGAUUCUAGAAGGGUCUCGUAGAGAGGUCCGCGAGCAGUGGGAACAAGCAGCUUUCUUGAGAAAAAUGAAGAGAGCAGGUAAAGCUGGUCUCAGUGAAGAGGCUGGUCCUUCAAAUCUCCACUGUGACACUGAAAAAAACGAUCAAACAUCUUCCUUCUUUGCUGCGAAUCCAGAUGGUGAAAAAGCUGGUCUGAGUGAUGAGACUGGUCCUUCAAAUCUUCACUGUGACACUGGAAAACAUGAUCAAACAUCUUUCUUCUUUGCUGCAAGAAAUCCAGAUGGUGGAAAAGUUGGCCCGAGUGAGGCUGGUUCUUCAAAUCUUCACUUUGACACUAAUUUCGAUGGUAGAAUUCCUGAUUUGGCGUCUGACUUUGGCUCGGUGGAGGAAGACAAUCGAGCUAAAAACCAUGCUAAUUCUAGUUUUUCCAAUAAAGAGGAUUUUCGGGGACCAUUCCCACUGUCACCGGAAAUAAGAGUUGAACAUGCAAAGUCUGAUACACCAUCAAGUCAUUUUUCUUCAUCAAAAGAACCGAUAGAUCAAACUAGUUUCAAAAAAGUUGUAGAACAGCCAAACAACGUGCAAGUUCAAUGUGAAACUUCACAGACUUCUGAUGGGGAUGGAGAUACAACGCAUGUGUAUGGCACCCAAAGUAAUGGAGCCAGGUGUGAGCACGAGAACUCCAGUUUAGAUAAAUCAAGAGAACCGAUCAUUGAUCCUAUUCCAUCUACAAGUGGGCAAGUACAAAGUAGUAAUGGUAAAGCUCCUGCAAUCGAUGUCAUGCUCAACAGAGAAAUUCUUAAGGAGACUGAUGAAUACAAGAAAGCACAAGAAGAAGAAUGGGAGUCCAGGCAACGACAGUUACAGAUACAGGCAGAAGAAGCUCAGAAGCUGCGUAAGAGAAGAAAGUUAGAGAACACACGACAGUUGGAGAUGGAAAGAAGGCAAAAGGAGAGAGUAGAGGAAGUGAGAGAGACACAGAAGAAGGAUGAAGAAAGCAUGAACAUGAGGGAGAAAGUCCGUGCAGAAAUAAACAAAUCACUUAAACAGCUAGAACUCGGGAGCUUUAACAUGACAUCGUUGCUUCGAGGCUUAGGGAUUCAUGUUGGUGGUGGAAUAUCUCCUCUGCCAGAUGAGGUACACGCAGCGUACAAACGAGCUGUAUUGAAAUUUCAUCCGGACAGAGCGUCAAGAGGUGACAUCAAACAGCAAGUUGAAGCAGAAGAAAAAUUCAAGCUUAUUGCUCGCAUGAAGGACAAAUUUAAGAGCUAACAGUAUGAAGAUUGUUGUUAGGAAAAUCUUAGAAUGGAUAAUUUUCUCUGUAAAUAAGUUUUUGAUUAUCCAACAAGAAUCAAAAUUGUGCUGA